CUCUCAGCUUUUUCUGUCCCCGAACCUUGUUUUGUUUGUGGGUUUUCUGCUUUCAUUUUCCCGAGAAAAUCUCGAGAAUGAAGGGGUUGGGAUUCGGGUUAUUUCGUUAAUUUUUGGGUUUUUGUUUGUGGGUUUUUUUUUUUUUCUUUUCGUUUUUUGAGUUUUGAUGAAAUGGAAGGUGGUGCUCACCGGAGGUUGUCACUUUUGGAGCAGAUGUCGGCGGUUGAUAAUGGCCGGAAUUCUCUCGCCGGCUUGACUCUCGAUGCGGUGUUGGGCGGUGGCAUCACCAAGCCGCAGCGGCAAGAACACCAGUCGAAUAAUAAUAAUCAUCAUAGCCGUACACUUCUUGAUGUUAUACGGGACGGGGAGCCGCAGAAUAGUAAGGACAAGAAAAGCUGGAAGAACUUCCGGGAAAAGCUCCGGCUGAAGCGGGCUGGUGCUGCUUGGACGUCCUCCGUUCCUAUCCCGACCUCGGAUAUCUCUAUCCCGAGUAACAGAUCCCAUCUCAACCGCCGAGGAUCGGUCAAUCGCAAUGACGAUUCCGACCCCCCGGGCGCCAUGUCCCGCCCGCAGUUCACUCGCCGGAGCUCUACAAGGUUUGGCGUAACCUCGUCAGACCACGAUGACCAAGCGGAUAUCGCCAUGCCGGGCGAAGGUCCGCCGUCACGGAGCUUCAGACCCCAAAUUUCGCGCCAUAAUUCAACUCGCUUACUCGGCUCUAACGACGACGACGACAGCCCGUCGGCAGGCCGCAGACUGGUGGAUGUAUUGACGGAGGAACGCGUAAUGUCAGCACGGGAUGCGGUGGCUGCCCAGGAAGCAGCAGAAGCAGAGGCAGCGGCAGCAGCAGCAGCAGCAGCAGCCGCCGCCGCAGCGGCUGCCGAGCAAGAGAACGAGGAGGACGAGGUAGAGCCGGUGAGAAUGUCAUUGAUGGACUUACUGGAGGAGAACGACAGGGAGUUGGGGCUGACGGGGUCUAGGUACACCAUGGGCGACGACGACGACGACGAUGAGGAGUACUAUGACGACGACGAUGCGGAGGAAGAGGAGGAAAACGGCGCGGGGGGGAUUGAAUACACGUGUUGCGUAUGCAUGGUGCGUCAUAAAGGUGCGGCAUUUAUCCCCUGCGGACAUACCUUCUGUAGGCUAUGUUCACGAGAGCUUUGGGUUCAGAGGGGAAAUUGUCCAGUUUGCAAUGGCUUCAUUCUGGAAAUUCUUGACAUUUUCUAAUUUUCUUCAAAAAAAUUAAAAAAAAAAAACCCAAGAAAUUGACAAUGUUAAAAUUAUGGAGCUAUUUUCUUCAUCUUUUAUUUUUCUUUUUGCAAUUUGGAGAUAUUGCUGUGUUUAAAAUUUGAGAUUGGUAAAUAAAAAUUAUUUUUAUUU